UUUGAGAUGGCAUUAUUGUAUGUGAGACAUACGCGUACAAUAUACAGUCAUACUCAGGACAUAAAUGCCUUUUAAGCUAUGGAUGUGAACGCUUAGUGCAAAUGAAGAUAGUCGUUGCAAAGUCACAAGCAUCUAUAUUGCACGAAUGGAAGAAUCACGCUCCAGCAUAAGACAUUCAACCGCGUGAUUUCGUCGCAAUUCCGAUACAGUCAUUCUAGCACAAUAUAGCCUUAUACAAGCCUAGCAUAUACAAUAUAUAUACAAGAUGGCAAUGUUUCAGCCAGACCAGAAAUGGCUGGAUGAGAUCCUCAUGCUGCUGAGCGAGAGUCAGUCGCCCAACAGAGAUAUACAGAUGAAAGUGCAGGAGACCAUUGAACACUACAACCAGUCGCCUGAUUUCAACAUGUAUCUGCUCCACAUCCUGACGCAAAUGAAGCCAGUCGACGGGGAGGACCCCGCUACGACCCAACGCAGAGAUGCGCUGCGCUCCUUAGCCGGAAUCAUCCUGAAGAACAACAUACGCAUCCGCUAUGAGACCUUCCCCCCCAACAUACGUGAAUACAUAAAGAUGAACUGCCAGAUAUGUAUUGGCGAUAGGAGUCCUCUAAUCCGAGCCACAGUGGGCAUACUCGUCACCACACUCUGCCUGUACGACAAGACGGUCAUGGAGAGCUUCCUGCACAACCUGUGUCAGCUGGUCGACUCUGGCGACGAGUUGGUGGUGGAAGGGGCCGUGGGAGCGCUCAACAAAGUGUGCGAGGAUAGCGCACACCAGAUCACACAGAUGCCAUCGCAGCCACUCAACACAGUCAUUCCGAAGCUGAUCCAGCUGUGUGCGUGUGACAGGCCGCGGGUGGUGGUGCUUGCACUGGGCACGCUUAAUCACUUCAUCAUGAAGGAGACCACCGGCAUGAUGCAGUUCGCCCAGGCCUUUGCGGAGACACUGUUCCAGCUCGCCAAUAACGAUAUCACUGAGGUCCGACUGCGCGUGUGUCAAGGAAUGGUGAAGCUGUUGGAGGCGAAAAUUGAUAUCCUUGUGCCCCAGAUGGACAAUAUUAUACCGUACAUGCUCAUGUGCACGCAACACCCGGACCAGAAAGUGGCGCUGGAGGCGUGCGAGUUUUGGCUGGCGUUUGCGGAUCCGCAGACAGCGUGGGAAUACCUGCCGAAAUACCUCGACCAACUCAUCCCUACACUUCUCAAAGGUAUGCGAUACUCAGAGUCGGACCAGAUCCUGCUGUGUGCGGAUGAGGACAAUCACAUGAUCCCAGAUCGAGAGGAAGACAUCGCGCCACAACACGCCAAAAUCAGCGCGCGCAAGGCGGUGGAAGUGGCCGAUUCAGACGAUGAAAACGACGAGUAUGGGGAUGAGAACGAUGGAUCGUUAGAAUGGAACCUGCGCAAGUGCUCGGCCGCAGCCUUAGACUAUCUGGCGGUGGUGUUUCAAGACCACUUGCUGCCCAUUCUGCUGCCGCUGAUCGAGAAAGACUUGCAGAGUGAAAACUGGGUGGAGCGUGAGUGUGGAAUCCUGGCACUGGGUGCUAUAUCGGAAGGGUGCAUGAAUGGCAUGCUGGAGUUCUUACCAGGACUAGUAGUCUUCCUGAUUGACCACUGCCUGGGUGAUGCUAAGUCAAUUGUGCGGUCUAUCACGUGCUGGACGCUGUCGCGGUAUUCGCAAUGGAUAGUCACUACUCCGCCCGAGCAGGAAGGACAGUAUCCGUACUUAAGGAACCUUAUUGAGAAGAUGCUCGAGUGCGUCUUAGACAACAACAAACGAGUGCAAGAGGCUGCAUGCAGUGCCUUUGCCACACUGGAAGAGGAGGCGGGCACACGCUUAGUGCCGUAUUUAGACGACAUUCUCAAGUACCUGGUAGCCGCGUUUGACAAAUAUCAGCACAAAAACCUGUUAAUUCUAUACGAUGCGAUUGGCACGCUCGCCGAUUGUGUAACCAGCUGCUUAAACCAACCGCAAUACAUUGAGGUGAUCAUGCCGCCCUUCAUUGUCAAAUGGAAUCAAUUGCCUGACGAUAGCCGCGACCUGUUUCCUUUACUCGAGUGUUUAUCUAGCCUGGCAUCUGCACUGGGCAUCGGAUUCUUACCCUACGCCGAGGGAGUGUUCGAACGGUGCAAUCGGCUGCUGCACUCAACCCUGCACGCCUACCAAACACUCUCGCAAGACCCUAAUGCAAACAUCGUGCCACCAGAUAAGGACUUCAUGAUUGUGGCAUUGGAUCUGCUGAGUGGGAUGGCAGAGGGCUUAGGUUCCGAUUUAGAAAGUCUGGUGGCCAACAGCCACCUGAUGUUACUCAUCAUGGAGUGUAUGAAGGAUCCCGUACCCGAGGUGCGGCAGUCCGCCUUUGCGCUGUUGGGUGAUCUGACGAAGGCGUGCUGGCCCCAUGUGAAGCCUCACAUCCAGGUGAUACUACCGUGUGUGAGCCAGAACUUAGACACCAACUACAUCUCUGUCUGCAACAAUGCCUGCUGGGCGUUUGGUGAAGUGGCCAUGAAAUUUGGGCCGGAGAUACAACCCAGUGUUCCCGUCAUCCUGACACAUUUAGUUAAAAUUAUCAACCGCGAACAUACGCCUAAGACCCUGAUUGAAAACUGUGCUAUCACCCUCGGCCGCCUUGGGCUGGUUUGCCCUCGUGAGGUUGCUCCUCACCUGGAGCUGUUCAUGCUGCCGUGGUGCCAGUCCAUGCGCAACAUUCACGACAACGGCGAGAAGGACUCGGCUUUCAGGGGGGUGUGCCACAUGAUCAUGUUGAAUCCUGAGGGCGUAGACCGCACAUUCCUGUGGUUCUGUGACGCGGUGGCCUCGUGGCAGAAUGUCGAACCUGAUUUGGAUGAUAUGUUCAAAACGAUCCUCAUGGCUUUCAAGCAACGUAUCGGAGCUAACUGGGACUCGUUCUUCAUGCAAUUCCCGGAUGUGCUGCGGCAUCGGUUGCAGGAGAAGUAUGGGCUGUAGUUUCGCGGCAUGGUGGUGUGCAUGUGAUACUUGAGCAUCAGCUCCCAUACAAGUACUGCGUAUGAACACGCAUCGUACGGCUGUGGGAACGCGAGAGAGGGAUAUAUCUCUGCGUGUAUUAGCGGCAAGACAGUCGUAGCUCGGGCAUAGAGUCGCAAACAAUAGUGACAGUGACUGGGGCAAGAGUGGGGCUUGGUGCCCUCAUUCGAAGUGCAGGACAACCGGAGUCCGGCUUAGCAUAGUUUGUUACGUGGUAUAUAUGUAGAUAUCAUUUCGGUGGUUUAUUAGUAAGUGAAUAGUGUGUAAAUAUAAGUGUGCAAGAAUGUCUGUGACUGUGCGUGUGCAUGUGUGUAGUGUUGUUAAAUAAUUAGUUAGAUGAUCGUAGAUUGUGUACCGAAGUGAAUAUGUACGUGACGUGGUAAUUGAUAAGGACUCUCUCUGCCGCCCCGCUGACCGUCGGCAGUAGGUAGGGAGUGCCCGGUCAAAGUGAUAUAUACAUGUAUGGACCUCGAACAUGCGAAGGCCUGUUCGGAGUACAAGUAGGCCAUGCAUGUUCCAGAAUAUAGAUUAGUGUGGGUAGUUCGAAAUUAUGUUUGCAGCAGCUCGUGCGGAGCGGUUGCUAUCGACUCAGCGAUGCGAGGGAAGAAAGAAUACGUUAAAGCAAGGCUGAAGCACAUACCUAAUGUGGGUGCUCUUGCUCUUGGUUGCUCGUCGUUUAAAGGGCUAAAGUUUGAGUCUUGGUGUAACCAUUAAAGUGGUACAAUAUAUUACAAUGGAAAAGAUUAUGUCGAUCGAUCAGCUCAAC